AUGUGUUUCCUGUACCCCCCUCCCAAGUUGAAUUUAAGACCCAGUCUUGGCCCUCGCGCGCCGCGCUCAGAAUUUGCCGAGGAUGUCACUUUACCCGUGAACCUCUAUGCUUUUAUCACUCGACCCUUCCUCCGCCCGAUGCCGGAGGUAUCAAUCACUCCCCAACAUCACAUCACCCCGCCGCAACCGUACAUCGAUCCUUCCAACAACCCUGCAAGCGAUCGACCCUCCACCUUGCAACA